CCUCGCUCUCCGCCCCCGCGCCGCCGUCUCCUCCGACCAAAACCUAGGAGAGCGGUUUGCUCCCCCCCCCUCUCUCUCUCUCCGCCUCCAAAACCCUAGCUCCCUUCCCGCCCCACGGCACGCAGCUCGAUCUGAUGCCGUGAGAGCCCCAACUGGCCCGCCGUUUCGCCCAUGGAAGAUCCCGUGGCCGCCCCUUCCUCCUCAUCCGCCGCCGCCGCCUCCGCCGUGGCGCCUCUCCCGCUCGCUGCGCAGCAGGUGCCGGCCGCGGCGGCGGCGGCGGCUCAGGACGCCGCGGCGGGAUGCAGGAGGCAGGUCUUCUCCGUGGAGCUCAAGUCCGGGGAGACCACCAUCGUGUCGUGGAAGAAGCUGCUCAGGGAGGCCGGCCACGCGGCCACCUCGCCUCCACCGGCCGCGCCGGCGUUGGCGGCGUCCGAGCCGGCCUUCCCUGCUCUGCCCGGUCAGCCUGGUGCGGUGCAUCCUCCAGAAAAUGAUUCAAAGGAUCCAGCACAACCAAAUCGGUUCAGUGCCGUUAUUGAGAAAAUUGAGCGCCUUUACAUGGGCAAACAUAGUAGUGAUGAAGAAGAUCUUGAUGAUGUACCGGAUGAUGAUCAAUACGACACUGAGGAUUCUUUUAUUGAUGAUGCUGAAUUGGACGAGUAUUUUGAAGUCGAUAAUUUGAAGACUAAGCACGAUGGAUAUUUUGUUAACAAAGGGAAGCUGGAACAGAUUGAAGCUGGUACAUCAGCAAAUGCUGCACCAAAGAAAAGGAGAAGAAAAGAUUCAUCAAGUGGUCAUAUUGAAAACAACCAGGUCGCUCCAGUUGAUUAUUCAAGCAUUGGCAACAUGCCUGGAAAAUCCGCUGCAAGAAGUGGUCCACAUGUUGGGAAGAAAUUAACCAAUAGCAACUUAGGUUAUGGUGAGUAUUACCAUGAAGACAACAGAGUGGUGAAGAACAUAACUGGUGCUCCUGGAGUCCACAAAAGGAAAUCCAUGGAUUUUCCCAUGGGUUCUGAUACUGUGGCAUCUACAAAGAUAUCUAGUAAGGAUAUGCCACAUGCUUCGUCGGAGCUGAAAGACUUGGAAAAGCAUAAAGUUGCAGCAGUUCAGCCUACUGAUUUCACUCAUAGGUCGAAAACCGUGGAGGCAUAUGACUAUGCCUAUUCAGCAUACAGGGAUAGGGAAACUUCAAUGCAACUUGAUUUCCAACAAAAAAGGGCCUAUACUGGGGAAAAUCGAGAUCCAACAAACAAAAUUCAUCGGAAAGAGAAGCAUGGAAUGGGUGAAUUUUCUGGCAUGGCAACAACUGGUGUGGUAUAUUCUGCACAAGUAAUGCCAAUUACUUCUAGGGAGGGUUCUGGUACCAAACCUAAAGGCACUAGGCUUGAGAGAGCUAUUCGGGAUCUGGAAAAGAUUGCUGCUGAAUACAGACCACCAGCUAUUGAUAUGAACGAGCUAGAUCUAAAUGGCCAGGUAACAGUUAAAAGACGGUUGCCUCCAGAAGUAAAGCAAAAACUUGCUAAGGUUGCAAGGCUAUCGGCAAACCAGGGAAAGAUUCAAGAACAUGCGUUAAUGGAUCGCCUCAUGGGCAUAGUUGGGCACAUUGUGCAGCGUAGGACACUCAGGAGAAACAUGAAAGAAAUGGUAGAAUCAGGUCUGUCUGCUAAACAAGAGAAAGCUGAUAAGUUCCAACGUGUAAAAAUGGAGAUCAAUGAAAUGAUCAAAUCACGUGUGGCUGCCAAGGCUAAGGUCAACGAACACCAGGGUGGAACAUCUGAUGAUUUUCAAAUUGCGAAUGAUGACAAAAGAUCUUUAAAAGCAAAGUCUGUAAUGGAUUCUACAUUGGAGGACAGGAUCUGUGACCUGUAUGAUCUGUAUGUUGAGGGUAUGGAUGAAGAUAAGGGCCCUCAAAGCAGGAAGUUAUAUGUGGAGCUGGCGGAGUUGUGGCCAGAAGGUUCCAUGGAUAAUGUUGGAAUCAAAGAUGCAAUUUAUAGAUCGAAAGAGCGAAGGAAAGCAUUAUACAACCAACAGAAGGUUCGCAGCGAGGAGAAACUGAAGAGAAGAAGGCUGGCCGCGGCGGCUAAGCUGCGAGAUGGCUACCCUGUUGUAAUGCAAAGCGCACUGGUCCAGCAAGUCACGCAACCACCCAUGACAAAACCUGUCACCUCGUACCCUGUGACUGACCAUGGACAAAACCAGGGAUCAAAAGGCUUUGACAGGGUUCGUGAAAUAAGUGCAAAUCCUGAUGACGCCAACCGAAACGCUGGCGAGAUGAUGAAGAAGAAAAAGAGAAAACCUGAAUCUGACCUUGUAGAUACACAAGCUAACGCCGUGAAGGCCCCCCCUCAGCCUCCUGUAGAGAAGCAUAAGGCUCCCAAGCGUGCUGAUGAGGCAGGUGGACCGGUGCUGUGCCUCCCGUUCUAUGACCAACAGCCGAGCUGAUUAUUUUGGUGUAUGCAUCGAGAAAAUCUCAAUCCUCCUAGGUGCUUGUCGGAUGCUGUAACAGAUACAUACCCUUGUGGAGAGGAUGCGAUUGAUCCUUGUAAUUCUUAUGAUCUAUAUAGUUGCUUUUCCAGCCUCCAUAUUGCCCCGUAUAGAAUGGGAUUGUUCUUCUGGUCCAUGUUCAUCAUUAAUAACUUUACUUUAUUUGCAAAAUGAUGGAAUUGACCUUACU